AUGAAAAAGGACGUAGGAACUAAGGGUAAAACAGAUAAUGCAGUGACAAACAUUAUAAAAAAUCCUGCUAAGAAAAACAUAUCAAGUAAAGACUUAGCAGAAGCUGGACCAUCAGAAAUUUCAAGACGAAAAAGUAUAGAAAAAUUGUCGAAUGAUUGUGAUAUCGAUAGCGAAUCAGACACUAGUAUAGUUUUCUAUACCGAUGAGGCUAGUGAUAAUGACUUAGAAAAAAACGUAAGGGCGAAUGUGUCAUUUGAAGACCUUCAGCCUGUUCCUCGCUUUUUAAGGUCAAGCCACGAAAAGGGCAAGAAAACACAUUCUCAAGUAUUUACCGUGACACCAAAUAAAAUAGAAUUAGAGAUGAAAGAAAAUGCAAAAUUAAGAAAAAUAGAACUGGCAAAAUCUAGGGAAACCAAAAGAAAAUUUGUGACAGAUGAUAAACUAAAGAAAGACAACUCAAAUAGCAAGAGAAGAAAAAUGUAA